AUGACGCCCUAUAGCGAUUUGAAUGCGUCAGCCGCACAUUUUGAUGCGAUUCAGCAGUCGCUCGAUAGCCACCAUAUAGCAUUGUACUUGUUUGCUUUUGCGAUCGCAGUGGGCAUAGCUUCUGUGCUCAACUCCAAUAGCCCUGCAAGUAAAGAUGGUCUAUUCACUGUCAACAAGCGCUUCUCAUGGGAGCCUUCAUACUUUUCGCGACUCCGGUGGAUAACAAAUGCUGAUGUGAUCAUGGACGAAGCCGACAUCAAGGCGCAGGGGCGACCCUAUCGCCUGGCCCGCGGCGACACGGAUCAGAUUGUGCUGCCUGUGGAAAUGAUACCCGAAUUGAAUGCUUUGGGAAUGAACGUUCUUAAUAGUCGUGAAUCUCAUGCUUUCGGUCUACUUGGUCAUCUCACAGGCAUGGACGUGGUCCGACACACCAGCUUCCAUGUCCGUGUGCUCCUGUCCUACAUCAGCCCAGCUCUCCCAAGCUUGUUCGCUUUGACGGGGAAGCGCAUUGCGGCAGGACUCGAGAAAGAGUUCUCGCAGAGCAACGAAUGGACUCAAAUGAAGCCACACAGAGCAGUGGUUCGCUGCAUUGGGGAGGCUAUUGCCCUCUCAUUGUUCGGGGCUGAAAUGACGGAAAACAACCCCGAGCUCGUUCAUCUCACACACGAGCAUACCAACAACGUCUUUCAAGUAUGCUUUGCCAUGCGAUGCGUGCCACAAUGCCUGCAGCCCAUUCUCGUCUGGCUCCUUCCCGCUAAAUGGCGCUUGCUCAGUGGCUGGGCAAAGUUCAGGAGCUAUGUUAUGCCCAGAGUUGCGCAGCUAAAGGCACAGAAAAAGAACAUCGGCAGUGAAGAAUCGGAGCCCGUAAAUCCAGACGUCAUCUCAUGGAUGGUAGAGGACGGCCGUAAUGAGCUGGAAAGAGACCCCAAAGUCCUAACGACGCUUGUUGGUUCUAUCGCAGCUGGUUCGACCUAUAGCAUCACCAAUUUCUGUUGUCGGACUGUUCUAGAUCUUAUCUCACACCCAGAGACUCUGAAGAUCGUCCGAGAAGAAAUUCGCCAGAAGCAUGCCGAAAUUAACGGACAAUGGACUGCUGCCGACUUGGCUAGUCUGGAAAAACUUGAGUCUGCCAUGAAGGAGUCCUCCCGCCUUACUCCUGGAACUCUGCUCAUUUACAGUCGUGUGGUCAAGAAAGACCACGUCCUAUCUAAUGGGCUUGCCCUCAAGAAGGGUCAAUUUGUUACAAUGUCCGCUUCGCAGCGAACUAUGGACCCUUCCAUCUUUGAGGAUCCUCUUGAAUACAAGGGUUUGCGCUUCUGUGAGGACAACAAGAUCGAAGAGCAUCGCGCCAAGCCGUUCAGCAGCAUCAAUAUGGACACUCUGACCUGGGGUGCUGGCAGAUGGGCCUGCCCCGGGCGUAUCAUCACUGAUAUGUCGGCCAAGAUCUUGCUUGUAAAGCUCUUGGACGAGUACGACUUCGCGUUCGUAGGGGAUAAGCCUUUGCAGCGCGCGAUCAUGCACGAAUUCCUCUUCUUCCACCCCGAGAGCUAUAUGUUGGUUCGACGCCGACGAGAUUCUUCUGGCAUAGUCUUCGUACAGUAG